GAUGAAGUGGUGUUCCCAGGGAGACGUUGCUACUCUGCCUUAAGUCUCUGUACAGCAUUCAAUCGCGAAGAUUUCCUCAGUGAAUGAUAAUAAUAAUAGCGACAUCUCGGGUGGUACUGAGUGCUUAUGGGCACCAUUUGGGCCUCAAAACCUUUUUUUUUCUGGAAGCUUCUCCCAUUUGUGGAUUUAAGUUACAGCUGGCGGAGUUCUCGGUUAAGUUGCUGCACUCCCACCUCCAUGUGUUAAUAACAGGAAUGAAGAAAGACACUGCCUGAACUUCAAACCUAUAGCUGCCAACAAAACAGAAAUUCUAAUGCUGCUGAGAAUGAGAUAACGUUAAAUUAUUAAGCUGCAAGUUCAGUUUUUUUUAGGCCAAAGCAGCCAUAUGAGAGAUUGAGUGCCUCACACUUUGCAGAAUGUUUGGGGACAUGUUUGAGGAAGAGGAAGACUCGGGUUUUGUGUGCGAGAACAAAGUGGGGAAUGGGGGAAAAUCAAGGAAAAAGGAUACUGAGCCACCAGCGCAUCGAGCAGCCUGUAACCUCAGUGGAAUCAAAAACCAGGGAGGCACCUGCUACCUCAACUCACUGCUUCAAACUUUGCUAUAUACGCCAGAAUUCCGAGAAUCACUAUUUGCCCUAGGACCAGAGGAACUGGGAGAUUUGUCAGAGAAAGAUAAGCCAGAGUCGAAGGUGCGAGUCAUCCCUUUAGAGCUACAAAGACUCUUUGCCCAGUUAUUGCUUGCAGACCAGCUGGCAGCAUCCACAUCUGAUUUAACUGAUAGCUUUGGCUGGACAAGUAAUGAGGAAACCAGUCAACAUGAUGUGCAAGAAUUAAAUCGAAUUCUGUUCAGUGCGCUGGAAAGCUCUUUAGUAGGAACCUCUGGUCAUGACCUCAUUAAUAGACUAUACCACGGAAUAGUUGUUAACAAGAUUUUCUGCAAGGAAUGUAGCAACAUUAGUGAAAGACAGGAGGACUUUUUAGACUUGACCGUGGCUGUGAAGGAUGUCAGUGGACUGGAAGAAUCCCUGUAUGCGCUCUAUGUUGAAGAAGAACAUUUUGAUAAUGAUAAUCUCUACCAGUGUGGAAGGUGUGAGAAAUUGGUUAAAGCGACUAAGUCAGCAAAAAUACGGCACCUUCCCACGUUCCUGACCAUUUCAUUGCUGCGUUUCAACUUUGAUUUUGCCAAGUGCGAGCGGUACAAGGAGACAGGAUGCUACUCCUUUCCAGUCAGACUUGAUAUGCGGCCAUUCUGUGAGCAGGACAACCUGGCAGGCACUGAGUAUGAACUUUUUUCUGUAAUCAUUCACAAAGGAGGUUGCUACGGAGGCCAUUACCAUGCUUACAUCAAAGACAUUGACCAGUUGGGCACCUGGUUUUCUUUAGAUGAAGAGAAAACAGUGAUCAAUUCAACUAAAGAUCCAACCAAGGAAGCCAACCUGUUGGAACUGGGAGAUCCCCUUGAAAUUCUUAGAGCUAUUCUAGUCCAGAUAGGACCUGAUGGCAUACUGGUUGACCAGCUGGGCCAGAAAUUGCUGGAGAAGGUUGGUGUUGCAUGGAACAAAAGAUAUCGCAAGCAGUGUGGGUCCAUAAGAAAGUUUCUGGAGAGACAUCCUGAUGUGUUUCUGCUAAAAGCAGAUGGAACGAGGGUUGCUCUAAAACAGACUGAUCAUGGUUACCUAGGGCAACAGCUCCAUAAAUCAAAAGUCAAGAAGGCACAGACAGGAAAUUCCACAGCCAGCGGUGAACAUGGGGAUGAUACAGAGGGAAUGCAGUCUAUCACACCUACUUCUGAAGUACAUUGGUUCGAUUUUGAUGAUUCCCAAGUGCGGCCUAUCCAUGAGAAAGAUAUUGAAAAGCAAUUUCAGGGCAAGGAGUGUGCGUACAUGCUGUUUUACAGAAAAUCUCAACUGCAGCGACCAUUGCAGGCUAGAGGAAAUUCAAGGUAUAAAGUACCAGCCAACUUGUUGGAAGAGAUAGCCAGUCUGGAUGCCAGUCUUCAGAAACAAAGGGCAGAAUUUGAUUCUGCAGCCAAUAACAUUGAAAUCCAUCUCCACUUGGGUCCCAAGUAUAAGUUUGAAAAUGGUGCCUUACAACCUGUUUCCUCCCAGAAGGACAGUGUAUUGACAAUAACCAUAGACAGGAGAAAAACAGUUGGUGAUCUCAUGCAGACUAUUUUCCAGCAGUUGGAAUUCUGGAAGGGCGAUAUGGUGAUCACUGUUGCCAAGCAAUUGCCAGCUGGUCUUCACCUUUAUGAGACCCUUAAAGAGGAUCACAUUUCUCUGCACAGUCUGGGCAUUACAGAUGGAGCAAUUCUUUUUGUAUGGAAUGGUAACAAGGUUUGUGGUGUGAAGGUACAAACGGGUGAGGAGUUUGAGCCAUUGCUACUUAAAAUACUGUAUCCUAGAAUGAGGCGCAAAUCAGAAACUGAAAUCAUACAGUUCAAUGAGACACAAAAGGUGUUCACCCGGAACACAUUGCUCAGUUCAGUUCGAGAAGCUGUAGCCUUGUCAACAGGAAUUUCUCCAGAGGAGCUAACGCUUUGUUACAGGAAGUUGGAGAAUCAAAUGUCCUCAAAUUGGAUUGUGUUUGACAAUGAAGAUGUACAUAAAACCCUUGCAGAACUAAGACUUAAAGAUGGUGAUUCCAUGUUAGCAACAGACCAGAAAUACUAUGACCUGAGUGUUCCCUGUCCCAAUGAUACCCUUGUAAAUGUAGCACCACAGACUGAUCGUAGCUGGCUACAGAUCAAGGAUUACUGUGGUGAAGGAUUGUCACAAUCUGCAAGGGCAGUGGUGACCAUUCCAGUUACCAUGGAGAUGCUAGUUUCGGAAAUUAAAACUAAUGCAGUUGAAAAACUGAAACUGAGAAGUGAAAAAGAGAAUGAAACCUGUUUGAGACCAAUUGACAGAGUUGGAAAGCUCCUCCCUCCAGUGUAUGAAAAUUUGACUGUGAAGGACGCUGGGUUUAAAACAGGAAGCACCCUGGCACUUUUUCCUGGCUGCACUCCAACAGACACACAGCUGUUCUUGUAUUUUGCUAUUGGGGACAGACUUCACUUGAGCCCUGAAAUGGAGAUUGUGAUAGAACAGAGCAUCUCAGUCCGAGAGUGCUUGAAGCUGAUGUUAGAGAAAGCUGGAUUAUCAGGAGAAUGUUGGCACUUAAGGAAGACUGAUUGGUGCUGUGAUGCUGGAGAAGUUUUGAAAGAUGAGGAAGCUACACUAGCAGACAUGAAGAUAACCAAUGGAGAGGCACUUGUUAUCAUGGAAGGGCGACUUCCACCAAAGGGAUUUCUGAUGUUACCUGUCUGGUUCUACCACUCUGCAUUGAACUCGGUAAACACAGGGUCCUUUCAAGAGAAGCAGAAAAGCAUUGAAGAUGGGCUUUGUUCUUUAAGUAUCUUGUCCACUGCAAGAGACUUUUCGCUACAGCAGUAUAUGGACACAGACUUGGAGUUCAUGGGCAAUAUUGAGAUAUCUGGCGAUGCUAGUCUUGAGGAUUUAAAAACUCAGGUUUUGACUUUGCCUCUGCUGCAAGGUCUCCCUGUUCCUUCAGUGAAGUUCCUCAGGGUCUGGCUGCUCGAGAAUAAAUGUCCUGCUAAGAUCCUGCGGAACCAGCAGCAGCAGCUCAGCAAAUUCAAGCUGGGGAGUUCUGCAGAGAUUGGGAUUCAGCUGCUUCAGGCGGAAGAACAUCUGGCGUCCACUGAGUUGUUGCUACGGCUGCGGAUGGCUGUGCCUGGUGAAAGGACCUAUUAUCCAGUAGAGGAGAUUGUUUGGGACAUUUCCAAGGAAUCCACAGCUCGGUCCCUGAGACAGAGAAUUUCUCAGCACUACUCAUUGGCACCAGAACAUAUUGAAAUUGCUAAACAGUUUACAGAUCAGUUUGAAUGGAUGCCAAUAACCACCUGGAGCCAACAAGUUUCAAAGAAGAAGAAGAAAAAGAAACUACAGAGCCUGCAGGGAGCACCAUAUUAUCUGAAAGAUGGAGAUGUCAUUGGAGUUAAGAAUCUGUUAAUUGACAACAACAAAGACUUCAGCACCGUGACUGAUGACAUUGGGAAGGAGAAACUCAGACUUGAAGGCAGUAAUAAGAACAAACGUCAACAAGCUACUGCACAUCAGAGUGGAGAAUCCACAGAAAACAGUGAAAGACAGGUAGUUCGUGGUCGGACCCGCAGACCUGAAGUGGCCUUGUCCAUCAGUGUGGCAGACUUCAGAUAAUGGCUAUGGAAACUGGAAGUGGGUGGCUGGAGGAAGUGAUGAGCUUUUGUCGGGAUUAUAAGAAGCCCACAGCUGAGUAAGAGCAGUGAAUGUAUAAUCAGUGACUCAUCUUCUAUGAAGUGCAAAGGAAUAUAAGAAGCCAGUGGUCUCAGUUAUAAAGUGAGGGUUGAGAAUAAGUUGGCAAAAGCUGCCAGAUUGAUUGGUGCCCUAAGAAGAUUCUCUUUCACUUUCUCAGACUGAGAAGAGAGAUCCAGCAGGAGGCAUUAUCAGAACAGAUUGAAGGACCAGCUCCAGAGGAAUUUGGAGUUUUUUUGGUCAAUAACUGCCAGAAUGAACAUUUAAAAGAUAUAUUUUUUAUCUCAUGCAAGUAUUCAAAUUUUUUUUUAAUAUAUCUAUGCAAUAAAUGGGAUUCUACUCCCAAGAUAAAUGUCAACGCUUCUGACACCAGCAACUGGUGUUCAUUUAUGUUGUGAAGCGCUCAGUAUUGCAGUUGUCUAAAUGUAGUGUAUUGGUAAUGUGUUCAUGUGAAAAUUUCUCCUGGACUUGUUCUGAUCUGAUUGAUGUAUUGACUGAAUUUUCAAGGGACCAUAAAAUCCAGUGCAGGAUCUCAUUACAUACAAGAAUGAUAAUUUUGAAAUGUGUUUUUUUUAAACGCAAAAUGGUUGUGAAAAAAAAACAGUUGAAGUGGAUUUUAUGGUCUGAUUUUCAGUGAGAACCUGACUUGCUGGCAAGGACUGUGUGCCUCACAUGAACACUUGCAACCUCAGGAGUUCCCAGUUCAGAGAAAGCUCUGCUGUUUAAUAAUGAUACACAAGUUGAUAAUUUGAGGUAGACGCAAAGUAUAUAAUGUAUUGGAAGAAAUAAAAAUAUUUAUGUAAGGCCUUAUGUUGCCACUGGAGUAACAUCUCUUACAGGGCCACUGUUUUCCUAUUUAAACUCUUGCUCUGACUAGAAAACCAAUACUUUUUUUCCCAAUUAGUCACUUUGCUGCCUGUUUUACACAAUGCCUUAAAAAGAGACCUAACCUCUUGUAAAUAGGAUGGAUACUCAAAACUUUAUCUACGUGUUAGUAGGUAUGCUGUUUCCCUCCUGUUAAUAUCAUAUUAGUGUUGGAAUCUGGAUGUUCUGCUAGUAAGUGCUAAGUGGCUAGAAAAAAAUCCUUACCAAGUCUGUACUUGGAUCUAACGCUAAGUAGCACAGGAAUGAGGAGUCGGUUUUGUUAAUUUGGUCAUAUACAUUCCACGUGCUUAAAGAACAGUGUCCACUGAUCCCACUUAACAGAAUUUCACUAUCAAAUUAUAUGUGCUAUAUGGUAACAGUUGCAGGGGUUGCAUUGUUUGUAAUGGAAAGUCAAGAUUGCACUGAGUUUAUUCAAGGAUGAAACGUUAUAACAAAUUCUCUCCACUGUCCUUGUGAACAAGCACCAUUUCUGUGAUUUACUCAUACAUUACCAAACAAAACAGGUUAAAUUUGCUACAGCAAUCUGCAGUUGCUUUUUGGGGCAAAAUUGCCUGUUGUCUGUAAAACAAGAAAACAAGUUAUGAAUAAUAGUGAAAAGACAGAAAUUAAAGAAUCAAUUAGAAAUGCUGCAACUGUCCUUUAUUUCAGCCUUGUCCUCUUGUUCCUUAAGAUUACAACUAGUAAAUUAUAUUUCUUCCCCCAGCAGAACAGGAUGCAAAAUGUCGCCUUGAAAAUAAAGUUUAGGCUCCAGAUAUCAGUGACUCAGUGAAUAAUUUCAUCAAGAAAUGUGAUGCUAUUUAGCAGCUGCAGUCAAUUUAAUCUUAAGCUUGAACUUUAUAAUAUAAAUUUAGAACAUAAUAUAAUUUUGAGUGACCUGUGACUUCACUUUGAAUUGUGGAUGUGAAUUAGGCUUAUUACAUGUGUGUGGCAUGAUAUGAAGUUCCCAUGUUGCACUAUAAUUUGUGAUUGUCCAAUGGUAGAUUAUUCUUAUAAGAAAAAUCUUAUUACUGUCAAUUUGAACUGAAAAUCUGUGUUAAUAUGCAAAGAAACAGUUGACUUGAGGAAGAAGGGGAGAAGAAGUUCCACUGGCCAUUAUGAAAAAUAUUUUCAUGAAGACCUUUGGAUAGAAUUUGCUUUCUUUCUGGAACAAGGGGAUUUUUAAAAACUUUUUUUCAACAUGAUUUGCUGAAAAAGCAGAUGACAAGCUUGAUGACCACUAACUAUUGGUAUUUCAGUAACAACAGACCAAAUACAAACAAAAUUUUUAAGUACUUUUAACAACUGGUUUAGAGCUUUUCUUUAGUCAGUAACCAGUAUGGCUCUAAUUUAUUGUAAUCCAAAGUAUUUACCCAGAAUUAGCAAUAAAAACAGAAAAUGUUGGAAAUAUUGAAGGCAAGGCAGCAUCUGUGCACACUGAAACUGAGUUAACAUUUCAGGUUGAUGACCUUUCAUAAGAACAGUUCUGAUGAAAGGUCUUUGGCCUGUAACGUUAACUCUGCUUCAGUAUCCACAGGUUCUUCCUUGCCUCCUUGGUAUUUUAAAUAUUUUCAGUUUUCAUUUCUGAUUUCCAGCAUCUGUAGUAUUUUAUUUUUUAUUAAUUAAUGUCCAGAAUUAGUGCUUUGUGUUGUACUUAUUUUGCCCCUGUGGGGUAUUAGUGAAUCUUGUAAAAUACCACCUUUCCACUUGUAGUUGUUAUCUUUGUAUGUGAUAGAGUUGGUUACAGAUUCAUCUUCAGUUUGGCACACCUCAUUGUCCCUAAAGGAGAGUCUCAAAAAUCCUUACUCUUCAGAGAGCGGUGAUGGGUUAUUUGUCAGCUUCUCCUUUGGUAACCUCGGUGUAAGUUGCUAACAAUUCAUGUCAGUUUAUAUAUUGGAUACAGGAUACAUUUUGUCUGUUUUUCAAUCGGAGUAUCCCAUGAGGAUGGUGUUUUAAUGAAAAACUAGAAAAUGUAAACCCUUUCAGGCACUGAUUCAAUCAGAGGCAUCUCUGGCCCAUUUUCAUGCUUCCAGUGAAGCAGUGUGGAGACGGAGAUGGAGGCAGGUAGGCAAGUGCAGGAGGGGCUUUGUUUGGGGAAAAAAUAAGGUGUUUUAGUUUGAAAAUGUGAAAUUCUUUUAAUGAAGCAGGAGGCACAAAUUUAUUGAAUUAUUGGACUAUAUGGCAAACAAAUCGACCAUCUAUACCUGAUGCUUAAUUACUUCAGAAGGUGAUUAAUGCUUGUUAAUGAUUUGAUUUAGCCCAUUUGUUUGCUAUGGUGUUUUGAUUUCCUUUCUACUUUGCACUGCCGUGAUACAUGGACAAUUAAAUUUCCUGUGGGAUGUUGGUUGACAGAGGGAUUGAGGUUUCCUGCUACAGUGCCAGAGAUUCUGUUGUCCCAGCCCACCAGUAAUUAGAUUAAGAGAUGGGUAUAGUGGAGAUGAUUUUGGCAGCACUGCAAGAAAUAUAGUUGGGGGUGGGGGAAUUGGGCAGAUGAAUAGAAAACCUGAAACUUUGGAUUAAAGGAUUUCACAGUUCAAGUUCCACCUGGAUUGUUGCCUAAUAUCAGGCAAGAACUCAAGUCCAGCAAAGAUGCAAGUCUGGCAUUCAGAGAUGUUUUGGCAUCUAUUGAAAGCAAAAUCUUUAAUGUUGACCAAGGAUAACCCCUUCUAAUCUGAGCAAGUAAUUGUACAAUUAUUCUAGCUUUAGGAGGGGGAAGGCCCUCCUUUGAAUUUUCCUAAGAAAUUGGAAUUGGUUUGGUUUAUUUUUUAUCAAGGAUAGGCACAAUGCAAUAAAUUCAUAUGUAAAGCUCUAUAAAUUGAUUAAAGGAUUUAUAC